AUGUCCCACCAGACCGGUAUCCAAGCUAGUGGAAGUGUUAAAGAUACCUUUGUUGGAGCCAGAAAUGGACAAUACAGGCUUUUAAAAAUAGUCAUUGACAAUGAGCAGCUUGUUGUGGGAACCACUAGGCGGCCAGUUGGAUCAUGGGAAAAGGAUUAUGAUUCUUUUGUCCUUCCCCUUCUUGAAGACAAGCAACCAUGUUAUAUAUUGUACAGAUUAGAUUCUCAGAAUGCUCAAGGAUAUGAAUGGAUCUUCAUUGCAUGGUCACCUGAUCACUCUCCUGUUCGUCAAAAAAUGUUGUAUGCAGCAACCAGAGCAACACUUAAAAAAGAAUUUGGAGGUGGUCAUAUUAAGGAUGAAGUAUUUGGAACCGUACAGGAUGAUGUUUCAUUGAAUGGAUAUAAAAAAUACUUGAUAUCACAGUCCUCCCCUGCGCCCUUGACUGCAGCAGAAGAGGAACUUCGACAAAUUAAGAUUAAUGAGGUACAAACGGACAUUGGUGUAGAUACCAAGCAUCAAACGUUGCAAGGAGUAGCAUUCCCCAUUGCUAAAGAAGCUCUUCAAGCUUUGGAGAAUUUGAAAAAUAAGAAACUCAAUUAUGUACAACUGCAAAUUGAUAUGAAAAAUGAAAUUAUUAUUUUGGCCAACACACUUCAUACUGAAAUUAAGGACUUGCCAAAAAGAAUUCCAAAGGAUGCUGCACGUUACCACUUUUUCCUGUAUAAGCAUGCACAUGAAGGAGAUUAUUUGGAAUCCAUAGUUUUCAUCUACUCCAUGCCAGGAUAUACCUGCAGUAUACGAGAACGAAUGCUCUACUCCAGUUGCAAAAGCCCACUAUUAGAAAUUGUAGAAGGACAGUUGUGGAUGCAGAUAAUUAGAAAGAUUGAAAUAGAUAACGGUGAUGAGUUAACUGCUGACUUUCUUUAUGAAGAGGUUCACCCAAAACAGCAUGCUCACAAACAAAGUUUUGCUAAACCAAAAGGUCCUGCAGGGAAGAGGGGAAUACGAAGACUGAUCAGAGGUCCAGCAGAGACUGAAACACCUAGUGAUUAGAAACUCUUCUUUGCAUUUAUUUUAAAAAGUAUUACAGUAAGAAAUUGAAUUCUGGCUUUUGAUAAAUGAACUGAAAUCAUUCCAUUCAUAGAUGCUAGGAAAAAAAUGGCUCUUUCUACUCUUCUGACCUCAACACUUUUUAUAUUGUUACAUGAUUAUAUUUGUUGACAAUGUUGUAUGACAUGUGGAAGAACUAAUUAUUUUACAGCUAGAAGGUGAGAAUUAAGCUAGUACCCCUUUAUUUGAAAUUAGAAACCAUUAUUUAACAGCUGUACAUGUGAUCAUAAACUUUGCAGACUUGAGACUAUUAAGCUCCUGUAUUCUGUGGGUAAGUUGCAGCUGCAUGCCUAGGUAACAACCCUGUACUGAGUAGCUUGUUAAAACCUGUAAGACUUUCCAUGUGAGAAGAGUUGAAGGACUAUAUGGCCUUUUCCCAGAGUAGAAGGUUUUCUGCUGGUUUUGACAUGAUGCAUUGUUGGGUUUUGUUGUUGUUUGGUUUGAUGGAGGGUUUUUCGUGUAAUAGAAAAG